UUAUUUCAUCCCUUUCAUCUUUUAUUUACUACCGCCAACCUGACAUGAGAGCAAUUUGGGUCUUCGCUCUCGAACCGCGAAAACGGGUUCUUGGCGAUCUAAGGGCAGUAUCUCUAAGCCCUGAGAAAGAGCCAGAAAGACAAAGAUGAAGUUCAAGGCUUUUCUUACAGACAAUGGUACCAGCCUCUUAGAAAAGAGGUUCCUACCAGCUCUAGACAAGAUGGGGAAGGUAUGCCAUCUCUACUUCACUAGAGACCACACAAUCUUCCUUCACAACCUCCUCAAUGGCGAUGGUGUCCAAUCCAUUGCCCAGUUCCGCAAAGAAGCUCUGUUUGAUAACUACCGAAUCUCCAGCCAGAAUGAUGACCGCAUUGCCUUCACCAUUGACCUCUCUCUCCUACAACGUGCCAUUCGUAGUAGUGUCAGUAUAUAUGCUGAAAUGGGUGGUGGUGAUGACGUUGGCACUGGUUCAAAUCGCCUCCAAAUCAAGCUGGUCAAGAAAUUACCUCCUAAUUCUCACCAACCACUGCCCUUCCUCACCUUUGAGAGCAAAGGUUAUAAAUCUGCAGUGAUCCAAGAUGUACCCAUCUCAAAACCUUUGUCUAGGGCUGAUGUUCUUGAGCUUCAGUCUGCACUUGAUAUGGCCCAAGAUCUGCCUCGAACUUUGGUUCAGGUUCCAGAUUUGAACCAGUUGCAGAACUAUGUGGAUCGGAUGAAGCAUGUAGGGGAUUUGCUUAACAUCUCCAUUAGCAAAUAUGGGGAUCUACAUGUACAGAUUUCAACUACUUUAAUCACGCUUGGUGCCGAGUUUCGCAAGUUGCUGGUUGUUGGAGAACAAGAGGAAGUUCCAGCUGAGGAUCGAGAUUUGAGUGCACAGUCACGGACCCAGAGGGCAGUUCAGAGGGGAGAUGCUCAAACUGUGCAAGUGAGCAUGAAGCACUUUGCAAAGAGUCUUCAGUGUCACUUAGCGAAGCCAGAUUGUGCCUUCUAUGGCAUUGCCCAAGAGGGCGCUUGCUUGACAGUGAUAUUCCAGUUCUUCAUUCCUGGUUCGCGGCAAAAUGAUAAAUCAAUUAGCUUGCAUUGCAGGCUUCCUGUUCUCGACCCUGGCUCAAGUUGAGGGCCAGUUGCAGAUAAAGAUUUUCUGCAUUUGAUUGCAAUGUGACAGGGUCAGUUGUUUCUUGACAGCUUAGUUAAUGGUUUGAGUUGCAGGGUAACUCUCUCUGCAUCCAUAGUUUCCACAUGGUGCCCAUUGAACUUCUUUUUGGGCUCAUCUUCUUUGUACAUUUCUGUUGUGUGGGAAGUGUUGAUCAUCAAAAUGCAGUAGGGAAUUUUUUUUUCCACUUUUGCCUAUUUUCUUUAUUGGUGGCUCUCCUUACAAAUGCUAGUGUAUUGAAGUGUUGGUCAACAAGAUGCACAACCCAAUAUAUUGUCUCUCUUCAAAUGACAAGUUCAAUUCAUAUGUAGUUAGAUGAAUGGCCAAUGGAUCUUCACAGUUGUAAAA